AUCUUGCGAACGCUGAAGGGCUAUGAUUCCUACAACUCCCUGCUGCUGCCUCCCCGCCUUCCAGGGGAAAAGCUGCCCCCAGAGGUGUAUGAAUACUUUAAGGAGAUGAAGCGGUCAAAAGAGGAGCAGAUGAAGGUGAAAUAUCUGGAGAGUCUGGCGCAGGAGAACGAAGAGGACGAUGGUCCCUUGUCAGAACAGGGAACCUCUGCCAGCACAAAGAGGACCUCGCUUAGCCGAGGGAUCUCUGUCACAUCCAACCUGGAAGAGCAGCGUAUCCCAAUGGUCAAGUCCAAGACCUACCCAGAUGAAGAGGAGGAUGAAGAAAGCCUGGAAAACAUCAUGUUUCAAACUGACAAGAUUCAGAACAUUGACAGCCACUUUGCAGAGGAGGUUGGGGAAGUAGAGAACAACCCAGUGAGCAAGGCCAUUGCUCGCCACCUGGGCAUUGACAUUUCUGCAGAAGGCCAUAUGGCCAAGAACCGGAAAGGCAUCGCCAUCAUCAUCCAUGGGACGCCCUUGUCAG